ACGGCGGUAAAUGCAGCAUCAACUCAAUAGAGCAGCGACAAGGAAGUGGAUGACAGUGGCAGUUUCCGCAUCAAACUCCUCCAAACAGCGACCCUACCAUGGCAACAGCGCGAAUUUGUGUCCUGUAUGUUGUCCUUUCUACGACUUUAGCGGAAGACUUUAAAUUAAAACACAAACCAUCCACCAAACCUGUCCGGUUGUUCACUGAGGAGGAACUGACGAGAUACGACGGCAGCGAGGAGGGGCAGCCUAUCUACAUGGCAGUAAAAGGAGUUGUGUUUGACGUUACCAAGGGAAAAGAAUUUUAUGGAAAAGAUGCACCAUACAACGCCUUGGUUGGUAAAGACUCCACUCGGGCUGUGGCUAAGAUGUCCCUGGACCCAGCAGACCUGACGUCAGAUACUACGGGCCUCACUGAAGAGCAGCUGGAGUCUCUGGAUAGUAUAUUUGAAGGCACGUACAAAGCAAAGUAUCCGAUUGUGGGUUACACAGCGUCACGCAUCCUCACCAAGGAUGGAAGUUACAACGAAGACUUCAAACCAGAGGACCAGCCUCAUUUUCAAAUCAAAGAUGAGUUUUGAUCUCAUUUUACCUUUUUUUGUAAAAUAUAGUUGUGAAAAAGUCUUGUUAUAAAGGAGUUUUUUUUUCUCUUUACUUGACCAGAAUCAUAUGCCUAAUAUGAGCCUAAUAUGCCAAGAGAAGAGCAAAAUACAUGUAAUGGAGACACUUUUUAGUCAUAUUUACUUGAACAAAAGUUUUACAUGGUCCUGUCAUGUAAAAAAAGUUUUUUUUCUACCAAAAAGUUCAUGCCUUCAGCAGAUGAAUGUGGAAAACAUCCUUCUAGUAUGAAACUGCACAUACAUCGUCAUUUUGCACAGUGAAGCUCAAA